CAGCUAACUCCCAGACUGACCACAGGACUUCACAGUUUUCAGGUCAAAGCUGUAGUCCUCAGAUGUAUUUCAGUACGCCUGUCGCACUGCCAUAUAUUCAUUUCCUGACAUGCGAAGACGUCCAGCUUGAACCUCAUGCUCCGGCAUCGCCUUUCCGGCUGUGAGGUCACGGGGAACGGAACCGGGAUCGGUGAAGUCACAGCGCCGCGUCAGAGCGGACUGCAAUUCAGAGAGGUGAGCAUCGGUCAAGAGCAGGACGGUUCGGUGCACUUUGGACAAACGCAAAUCGGAGAAACAACAUGGAGGAAGCUUACGUCGUCGGUGAUGAAGAGGCUCCCGCCGCUGUAGAAAUCAAAGACCUUGGUAAACGAUACGAUCUGGCUUUAAAACAACUCAGGCUGACAAAGGAGCUCUAUGAAAAACUAGUCGAUCAAGGCCAAAUCACAGAGGAGCUGAUGGGAGAAAUGGAGCAAGAAAAUACCAGCCUGACCAACAAAAUCAAAGAGUUAAAAGAGCAGAUAGAAAAUGAGAAGAUAUCAAUUGAAAGGAAUAAAGAACUCAUGCGGCAGAAAGAUUUAGAAGAGAAAAAAGUUCAGAUUAUAGAAAUGGAAGAUUAUCUGGAGAGGAUGAAGGAGGAAAAUCAACAGCUGGCUGUUGAGCUGGAGGAGCUUUCAAAGCACCAUCAGGAGGAAACAGCUGAGAAUAUAAUCAAGGAAAACCAGAAGAUCCUGGCAGCCCUACAUAACAAAGACACCCAAAUAGAGAGACUGUCUGAGAUGGAGUGUGACAAGAAAAAGAAGAUAGAAAGACUUGCCGACAUCAUUGAGGAACUCAGAGAUGAAAUUCACUUCCUGGAGAAAAAUCUGACAGACAUUCAGGAGGAACAGAUCCUAACGGUGGUGAAAUAUGAACCAGGCCCAGAGGUCCUACAUUCAGUGGAAGAAGAUGAUUACAAGGAUGACUUCAUCUCUGUAACCUCAAGAGAAUGUCCGUUCAGCUGGCCGAAGUAUGGUGUCAGGAUCCUGCAGAGAGGAGUCAAGGCACUAGGAUACAUGAUCCUCUUUUUCAUCCUUUUUGUAGUCAUUUUGUUAUUCCUGGCGUCGAGCUGCAGUGUUUCUGAUUCGAACUGCAACUUGUGGUUGGUAGCAUUUGAGUUUCUGGAGCCCUACGGAGAACUGAGGCACAGUGUUGCUCCUGUUUUUUGAUCCACAGACAUGGUGCAGGCCAUGGAAAAAAAAAAAAAAAAGGUUAAAAUAAAACCGUAGUAAAAUUACA